AGUACCUGAGUUUCGAGAGGCAGAGAUUGAUUCUUACCUCUCUGCUUUUGAGCUCAUGGCACAGGCUUUGCAGUGGCCCCCUGAUGUUUGGUCUUUGCUGCUUCAGUGCAGAAUCCAUGGUAAAGCUCAAGAGGUUGUAGCCGCCCUCCCUCUUUCAGACACCCUAAAGUAUGAUGUGGUUAAAGCUGCCAUUUUGAAAGCUUAUGAGCUUGUACCUGAGGCUUACCGGCAAAAAUUUAGGUCUUUUAAGAAAAGCCCCUCACAGACCUAUGUAGAGUUCGCCAGAGAAAAGGGAAGUCUCUUUGAUCGUUGGCGUGCUUCAAAUAAGGUGACAAAUUUUGACACUCUGAGAGAACUUGUUCUAUUGGAAGAGUUCAAAAAUUGUCUCCCUGAACGUGUUGUUGUUCACUUGAAUGAACAGAAGGUAAACUCACUGUCUUCUGCUGCUGUGUUAGCUGAUGAGUAUGUGCUUACACAUAAGUCUACCUUUCAGUCCGUGCUCAAUAGAGGUGUGUCUAUAAAAUCAGCUGUUGAACCACCCAAGUCAACUCCUCAAAAGAAUGACAAGGAGUGUUUCUAUUGUCACAAAACAGGUCAUCUCAUUGCUAAUUGUUUAGCCUUGAAACGAAAAGAACAGAACACACAGUCCAAACCAAAAGGUGUGGGGCUAAUAAGGAACCAGUCUCCUACACCACGAAAGGCUGAACUUUGCUGUACUCCUGAUCCGUGUUAUGAACCUUUUUUGCUAACUGGAUAUGUUUCAUUACCAGGAAAACUUGCAGAUCCACAUCCAGUUCGUAUUUUGCGUGACACGGGUGCCUCCCAAUCUAUUAUGUUAACUGAUUCCCUACCGUUUUCUGAGUUGUCAUCUUGUGGCUACAGUGUUGUUCUGCAAGGACUGGAAAUGGGUUAUGUCCCCCGGCCUGUACACUUGGUGCAGUUACAAUCAGAACUGAUUUCUGGUAUUUUCCCCAUUGCUGUUUGUUCUGAGCUUCCAGUUAAAGGUAUUUCCCUUUUACUUGGUAAUGAUAUUGCAGGUGGUAAAGUAACACCUUCCCUGGAAAUAUUAGACGUCCCCUGCUCCCGUCCUAAGGACGACGAUGCAACACAGACUACUGUCUCUACUUCCUGUGUGCUCACCAGGGUUCAAAAAUUUAAGGGAACCUCAGAAGAAAAUGUAGACUUGUCUGACAGUGUGCUUAUGUAAAUCUUUUCAGAGGAGGAAAAAGUACCAGCUACAACACAGUUGCCCGAAGUCCCCCAGCUGAAACCUGAUGUGCGACAAGCUGAUUUCGGUUCUUCUCCCAUCUCCCUAUCCCAGCUUUCUGCCGCUCAGAAGGUGGAUCCAGCUCUAAAAAGGUGCUUCUCAUGUGUUGUAAGUGCUGACAAAGCUAGAGCUGAACAAGUAGCAUUUUAUGUAAAUGAUGGAGUAUUGAUGAGAAAAUGGUGCCCUGUUGUCCUCCCUGAUGCUGACUGGAAUGUGGUACACCAAAUUGUAAUUCCAUCAAGUUACCGCAAACACAUUUUGGCCUUGGCACAUGAAGGAAGCUGGGCAGGACAUCUGGGGGUAACAAAAACUUAUCAGAAUGUUCUGAAACAUUUUUACUGGCCCGGAUUAAAAACAGAUGUACGCCAGUAUUGUCGCAGCUGCCAUACCUGUCAGGUAACUGGUAAACCCAACCAAGUUAUCCCUCCUGCUCCUCUCCAUCCUAUUUCUGUGGUUGUAGAACCUUUUGAGCGAAUUAUCAUGGACUGUGUUGGGCCACUUC